AUGAACAGACCACCACAGGGUGGUCAGCAGCACCUAGGUGCAACAUGGUAUCCAGGGGGGCAAGAUGACUUCUACAUGCCAGAGGUCAUAUCCCCAUCUCCUCAAAGAGUGAUGCCAGAAGUGCCCGAGAACAUGCAGGACAAUAUCGCUGAGUUGGAAUACCGCGCUGACCCCCGCCGCGGGCAACAACAACCGCCAUACCAACGCGCCAACACCUAUCCCGAACGCACCUCGUCCGCCGUCCAAUCCCCACACGAUGAAGCUCAUGAUCCCAAUUCCUACGCGCAAUCCGCGACCUAUGAUAGCAUGGAUCACCCAAACUUCUCACCGUUCCCGGUUUUGCGGAACCCACCACCUAACGUCCCGCCUACCGAUGAACAGAGAGAGGCGAACCUAGAGCGCGCGCGGAUGGCCGUGCUGUCGACCACAGACCCGGAGAUGCAACUCGCAUGGGCCUUGGAUGCCCUCGCCUUUGUCGAGGUUGCCGCGCAGAACGAUGUCCGCCUCUCUCUGACCCAACCGCCACGCCCGCAGACCCCACAGGUGGAGCGGCGGCUAAGGGUCGACGCGAUGAACAUUGUCGGCUUUCUUGCCGAGCAGCGUCACCCCAAAGCGGAAUUUAUCAAGGGCAUGUGGCUCGAGUUCGGCAAAUUUGGCUGCCCCGUCGAUCGCAAGGAGGCAUUCCGAUCAUACUCCCGAGCCGCUGAGAAGGGAUAUGCGCGUGCCGAGUACCGCAUCGGAAUGCAAUUUGAGAGCUCGGGUGAGCCUGAGAAGGCGAUCAAACAUUACCAGCGGGGUGUUGCGCGGGCGGAUUCUGCCUCAUACUAUCGCCUGGGAAUGAUGAUUCUUUUGGGCCAGCAUGGACAGCACCAGGAUUUCAACACUGGGUUGGACUACAUCCGGCUGGCGGCGCAGUCAUGCGACCAGAACGCACCUCAAGGCGCAUACGUAUACGGCAUGCUCUUGGCUCGAGAGCUCCCUCAAGUGAGCGUCCCGGAAAGCUUCCUACCCCUCGAUCUGAACAUGGCACGUGUAAAUAUCGAAAAGGCGGCAUAUCACGGGUUCGCCAAGGCCCAGGUCAAGAUGGGUGCUGCAUAUGAACUUUGUCAACUGGGCUGUGAUUUCAACCCCGCGCUGUCUCUGCACUACAAUGCACUGGCAGCCCGUCAGGGUGAGCCCGAAGCCGAGAUGGCAAUCAGCAAAUGGUUCCUGUGUGGACAUGAGGGUAUUUUUGAGAAGAACGACGAGCUAGCAUUUACAUAUGCUCAACGCGCGGCCCAGAGUGGUCUUCCGACAGCCGAAUUUGCUCUGGGUUACUUCUAUGAGGUUGGUAUCUUUGUACCAGUGGAUAUAAAGGAAGCCCGCUCUUGGUACGCCAAGGCCGCUGCCAGUGGUAACAAGGAUGCAUCUGGUCGGAUUGAAAGUAUCUCGCGCUCAAAGACUCUGUCCAGAAAGGACCAUGAGAAAAUCGCAGUCUCGCGCAUCAAGUCGACGCGAUAUACCGCUCAUCAGCGAGGUAAUUCAAUGGAAUCAACCCCAGAGAAUAUCCAAAUGCCAGAUCCCUCGAGGAUGAGUUUGUCUGACGGCCCACCAUCUGGAGCUCCUUACCCCGAUCGUCCUUCCUCUACUCGUCCCCGGCCCCAGCCCCAGCAGAGUUAUCAACUGUCAGACAAUCGCCCAAGCUCUGCUUUUGGCGUCAAUCCAAACCUUCCCAAUCUUCGAACCAAUGCACCCUCGGGAUAUGGUGGCCCACCUGCCCAAGGCCCCCCUAGAUCUCACAAUCCGUCCUAUGGACCUAACGGGCCCAUGAACUACCGCCAACCUGUCCCUGGAGCACCUCUCAGCGCUCCUCCUGGACCUACAAGCCCACAGGCUAGUAACAUGGUCAGUCCUGGUGGGGCUCCUCGUCUCGAUAUUGGUUAUUCUGCACCAAUGCCGCCUCCAGGUGGGCGACGCCCACCACCUCGACUUGACUCGGCUGAACGCAAGCCUAUGAGACCUCCUACUGCUGGCCACUCCGGAAUGUCCUCACCCGGUCUGGUAUCUCCUCGUCCGCCUGGUUCGCCCUCGUUUCCUCCACGUAUGGAGUCUCGGCCAUCUUCUCACGGUUCGGGUGCCUCCACGCCUCAACCGACGCCCUCGAUCGCGUCCUCGAUCGCGCCCUCGGUCGCCCCCUCAGUCGCAUCGUCGACUUCAUCCGCGCCCCAGCCGAAGCCCGCCAAGCCACCAAGCAAGGGACCCAAGACCUUUGAAGAGAUGGGUGUUCCUAGUGCGGCGAAAGACAGUGAUUGCAUUGUGAUGUGA